UCUUUUCGUCUAGCGCGGGAAAACUGUUCGCUGAUUAAAGCUUAUCGUUAGUUGACUGGAGGAGCUGCGGGCUCUUCGUUUCCUAGAGUCCUAACUUAUUUACAAAAUAUCGUCUUAGAUUGUACUAAAAACUCGAGACAUCACACUAACUUCGAAAUAAGAAAAACAUUGUCUUAUUGGAUAUAUUUACAUUCAUAUUUAGCUUAUUCGGCGUCUUCCCUAGCUAAUUUAACCGUUGGAAGUGACUCGGCUAACUACGGUUGAACGCAAGAAGAAGGGGUAAAAAUGGCGUCUGGGAAAAUGCGUCUGAGAGGAAACAAGGAGGAAACUGCUGAGUGGACCGGAUUAUUCAUCAAUGACUUGAAAACCAAACAAGAGUCUCUGGUCUUUGUCAAGAGGAUGAUGGCCAUCGCAGUCUCUUCUGUCACCUACUUGAGAGGGAUUUUUCCAGAGUGCGCCUACCGAUCCAGGUAUCUUGAAGAUUUGUGCAUCAAGGUAUUGCGUGAGAACAGCAACACCCCAGGCGCCAACAAAGUUGUGAAAUGGAUGAUGGGCUGUUUUGACGCAUUAGAGAAACAGUAUCUCCAGAUUAUAUGCAUUGGGGGUUACACUGAUCCACAGGACCGUAAUUGCAUCAUCGAGUCCUACCAGUUCAACUUCAGAUACACUGAAAAGGGACCAGAAAUGGGCAUAAUCAGGAACAAUGCGAUGGGGAUGCAGGUGGCUCUGGAGGACACCAAGAGAGCCUCUGUGCUGCUCAUCAGGAAGCUCUUCCUGCUGCUGCAGAACCUGGAUGCCCUCCCCAGCAACGUCUACCUCACCAUGAAGCUCUACUACUACGAUGACAUUACCCCUGCAGACUAUCAACCACCAGGCUUCCAGGAGGGGGUGCACGACCGGCUGUGGUUUCAAGGGGUUCCAGUGCACUUCAAAGUGGGCCAAGUGCACACAGCCUACCACUCCCUGAGGGUCCGAGUGUCUGUGGAGCAAGGCCAGGUGAAAAAACUGCAGGAAGGAAACUAUCUGAAGGAAGCUGGGCGGGUUUCCCCGAGGAAAGAGGCGAUCAAGAGAAAAGAUGAUGAAAGUCUUCCUUCUGAGGACGAGUCUGCACAGUUCAAGAAACCCAGCAGGCCACCGACUAAGAAAAAAGCUGCUCCAAAAUCUGUGGCAAGGAAGAAGAGGAGAAAUUAGGCCAGGAGACCAGCACAGCGAUACAAGUUUAUUAGUGAUAUUUACAAACAUUUUCAGUUUACAGUCAGCUGUGUAUGAAGGAAACAGUCAGGCCAAUGUCAUUGGUAUGAAUUUUUUUUAAAGGUGGUUUAUUACAUAGAAGUUUGAAAUGUGUUCAAUUUUUUCUGAUUAGAGUUGGUAAAAAAAAAAAAAUAAAAAAAAUAAAAAAAAAAAAUUGGACUGAUUGUAAGCACUUCUGUAUUAUUUUAAGAGUCUAAAAUGUGGUAGUAUUUAUUCAGCCAGUGUUGCAAACAUGUAAAUCUUGAAGAUGGAUAUAAAACGACAUGAUUCUCAUCAA